AUGGAGGCCGAUCCAUCCCCACCCACACACCUCUCACGCGAAGAUUCCACCCUCCUGAAAAUUAUCCACUGGGACAAGCUCUUUGAAUCCGACAGUCCUCCGCGAUUAGGCAUUGAGGUUGGCAAACGGAUACCGUAUGCAACUUUGUCCGCGUUCUCCACGGGAUUGGCGCUAGGGUACUCCCACGGCAGCAAAAAGGCAGGGCUUGUGUUUCGGGCGGAAAAUGCGCAUCGCUUCCCGACGUCGUCGACCGGGUGGUUCCAAUACCACAAGACAAAAAACUAUAUUGGCAUAGUUGGAGGAGCAAAAGAUGGUGCCAGGAUGGGAUUCAAGCUUGGUGCUGGUGCACUUGCCUUCUGUCUAUUUGAGGAGACGGUUGACUACGCCCGAGAUGACGAGAGAGACUUCUUAUCCACAGUCGUCGCAGGCUUGUCAUUCUCAGGAAUAUACAGCUUACUUGCUCGUCACGACGUUUACACUGCCGCCCGCACAGCUAAGCUUGGGAUGAAACUGAGCUUUACCUAUGGAAUUCUUCAAGAUGCUCUCGAAACCCUGAAGGGUAAUCAACCUGCUUACAUUGAUUUCAUUACGGGCAACCGUCGGUCGAAAGCCGCAAAGGAAGGAUCAAUCUGA